AUGGCCGUACCGGCUGCUUUGAUCCCUCCGACCCAGCUGGUCCCCCCUCAGCCUCCGGUCUCAACUUCUGCCGCCUGCACCACCACCACCACCACCUCCUCGUCGGCCACCUCCUCUCCGUCUCCGUCCAUCGCUCCCCCGCCGGCCGCUUCGGGGACAAACCUAUUCCGGCCGGAGCCCAUCGGCGGCGGCAGCGGCGGCGGCGGCGGCACCUCCACUCCCAAUGCCAGCGCGGCCAACGCGGCCAGCAGCCUGCCCCGCAAGCCCGUGUACUCGACCCCGUCCCCGGUGGAGAACACCCCCCAGAAUAACGAGUGCAAGAUGGUGGAUCUGAGGGGGGCCAAAGUGGCCUCCUUCACCGUGGAGGGCUGCGAGCUCAUCUGCCUGCCCCAGGCUUUCGACCUCUUCCUGAAGCACUUGGUGGGGGGCUUGCACACGGUCUACACCAAGCUGAAGCGGCUGGAGAUCACGCCCGUGGUCUGCAACGUGGAGCAGGUCCGCAUCCUGAGGGGGCUGGGGGCCAUCCAGCCCGGGGUCAACCGCUGCAAACUCAUCUCCAGGAAGGAUUUCGAGACCCUCUACAACGACUGCACCAACGCCAGUUCUAGACCUGGAAGGCCUCCUAAGAGGACUCAAAGUGUCACCUCCCCAGAGAAUUCUCAUAUCAUGCCACAUUCUGUCCCAGGCCUAAUGUCUCCUGGAAUCAUCCCGCCAACAGCUGCCACCAACGCCGCCAUAGCAGAAGCAAUGAAAGUGAAAAAAAUUAAAUUGGAAGCUAUGUCCAACUAUCAUGCAAAUAAUAACCAGCAUGGAGCAGACUCUGAAAAUGGAGACCUGAAUUCAAGUGUUGGCAGCAGUGAUGGUUCUUGGGAUAAAGAAAAACUUCAGUCUCCCCCCACCCAAGGAUCACAGGCCUCUGUUAACCACCCCAACUUGCCUGGACAGCAUAGUGUUCCAGUUAGCCAUCCUCUCAACCCUCUUCAACAGAACCACCUUCUGCCAAAUGGAUUGGAACUUCCUUUUAUGAUGAUGCCCCACCCAUUAAUUCCCGUGAGCCUACCUCCAGCAUCUGUCACGAUGGCAAUGAGCCAGAUGAAUCACCUUAGUACCAUCGCCAACAUGGCAGCAGCAGCACAAGUGCAGAGUCCUCCAUCCAGAGUUGAGACAUCUGUUAUUAAGGAACGUGUUCCAGACAGCCCUUCUCCUGCUCCUUCUCUUGAAGAGGGCCGAAGACCUGGCAGCCAUCCAUCCUCUCAUCGAAGCAGCAGUGUGUCCAGCUCUCCUGCACGGACCGAGAGCUCUUCAGACAGAAUCCAUGAGACCCCGCUCUCCACACCAACCGCAAGAGACAGCCUUGACAAACUUUCUCUAACUGGGCAUGGGCAACCACUACCUCCGGGUUUUCCAUCUCCUUUUCUAUUUCCUGAUGGAUUGUCCUCCAUAGAGACCCUUCUGACUAACAUCCAGGGUCUACUGAAGGUUGCUAUAGACAAUGCCAGAGCUCAAGAGAAACAGGUCCAACUGGAAAAGACAGAGCUGAAGAUGGAGCUCUUCAGGGAACGAGAACUGAGGGAAACGCUUGAAAAACAGUUGGCUGUGGAGCAGAAGAACAGAGCAAUAAUCCAGAAAAGGCUAAAGAAGGAAAAGAAGGCAAAGAGGAAAUUGCAGGAAGCACUUGAAUUUGAGACUAAGCGACGGGAGCAAGCAGAACAGACACUGAAACAAGCAGCUUCAACAGAUAGUCUCAGGGUCCUAAAUGACUCUCUGACCCCAGAGAUAGAAGCUGACCGCAGCGGGGGCAGAACAGAUGCUGAAAGGACAAUACAAGGUUCACUAGAUGCCUAUGCCUAGCUCCCAAUCCGGUUUCCCAAGACCCCCUCAUCCCACACAAAAAG